CUGAACAAGCCCAAGAGCGAGAUGACGCCGGAGGAGCUGCAGAAGCGGGAGGAGGAGGAGUUCAACACGGGACCGCUCUCCGUCCUCACCCAGUCCGUCAAGAACAACACCCAGGUCCUCAUCAACUGCCGCAACAACAAGAAGCUCCUGGGACGCGUCAAGGCCUUCGACAGGUCCGCGCCGGUGUCCCCAAG